GAUCUUCCAUUUUUGGUACUCCUUAUGCUAGAGCAACAUCGUCGUUUUUGGUCAGAUUCAUCAUGGCUAUGCCAAGACUUAAGAUAUAUGUUAUCAUGUGAAGUUCAUCCCUAUGAAAGUUCACAUAGUGAUCUUUCUAAACUUGUCUAACUAUCAUCAUGGCUAUGCCUAAGAUUUAAGAAUCUCUUGAAAUUUUAGGAUUACCAUCAAAUAACAAAGAACCGAUAGCAAUAUGAAUGUUUAUGGUAUUCAGAUUUAAGCAGACUUUACCAUGUUUCCUAUAUUUUUCAACCAUUUAUAUCCUUUCAUUUGUUAAAAUUAAUACACAAAAAACAUUAUCAAUAAAAAUAAUACAUAAAAAAGAAUAAGAGAGAGCUAAACUGUUAACUAAUUGAAGUUUAGGCAUAAUGUUGUCAUAGCUUGGAAGUUCAGUGACUAAGAUGUCAUAAUGUGCUAGUUGAAGUAUUAAAUUGUAUUCAACCUCUCCUCUUCUCUCCCGAUUUUUCCUUUUGGGUCGUAGAAACUAGAAAGAAGACUAGAAGUAGCCGUCUCUGAAGUUGAAGUGUCAAAGUUAGGGUUCCGCUCUCCAUUCCUCUGCUAGGCUGCUUAUCGAUUAUACGCUUCAGGUAAGAUUCUUCUCUUCUUCUUUCCUCGCGCGAUCUUCUCUGCUUCUAUUGUAUUUCAUCAAACAGAGGAACGCAGUUCGUAUUUUCAGUUGUUCUCCGAUCUCGAUUUAAUCAUUCUUCUCAAUUUCGGGCAUUCGCAGGAACUUUUUUCGCAAUAUUGGAAUGGCGGCCGAGCAGAAGGCAGCUACCGAGGACGUAAAGAUGGACCUGUUCGAGGACGAUGAUGAAUUUGAGGAGUUCGAAAUCGAUCAAGAGUGGAUUGAGAAGGAUGAAGGGAAAGAGGUGACACAGCAGUGGGAGGAUGAUUGGGAUGAUGAUGAUGUCAAUGACGACUUCUCACUACAGCUACGGAGGGAAUUGGAGCAGAAUGCCGAGAAGAAGUAAAGCUAAUGACUCUGUAUCUCAGAUUUUAUGUUCUGCAAAUGAUGGUAUGAGCUAACAAGAGUCGAUCCGUUUUGUGAACAUGUCGCACUAUGUUUGGAUGGUGAGCUCUUUUGCUCAUUAACAUCUGCACUGAUCUUUGUUUUCAAUAUGAACUUCCUCCCUCUGGUGUGUGAUUCUGCCUUAAGAUUCAGCUAUCUGCACUGUCUCUGUCUUCUUGUGUCCAUGGCCUUAUCGAGAUGGUAGGGCUUUCAAUGGUGUUGCAUUUAACUUUCGGUUUUCAUGGUGAAGCCAAGAUAGUGUCUGAAAAUCGGAAAACCUAUAUACUGCCAUUGAAAUGAAUUGCUCAGUCGAUGUCUGAGUUAUAGCUGUUUCAGAUGAAUCCCGUUUUGUGAAUCAGGGUUGAUAGUCAUCGUAAGAUCCAUUUUCUGUUUGUGACUUGGAUUGUCUCCUUGAUCCAAAGAACAAUUUUGUGAUUGAACUAUGUGGAUUGGUUGUCCAUACCUCCUGUCUUUUCAGCCUCACUCUGCAUAUUAGGUAAUUGCAGUAACAAAGACAAAAUCGUCUCUUUUUUCCUUGGCGCCAUCACCAUACCAUCAAAGCAUCUUUGACUUGUCAGCCCUGCCGACAGUGAGGCCAAGGCUUGAUUUCAAAGCUUGCACCACGAAGUAAUCCCAUCUUUCUUCAAGGAGCCAACAACCAUAGGAAAAGAGAAGUUAAAUUUUCAUUUGACUACGUAUGGAUUCAGGGGGAAAAGAAAGCAAAGAAAACUUU